UGAAGAUAUGUCAAAAAACAUCUCGCAAAACAUUUGGAAUUUAACGAAAUUGGUAAAAAUAAUUUUACGACAAAAAAAUAAUGUUAAUAAAUAAUUACUUCCUUUUGAAGGCCUUUAAUGGUGCGAAUAAUAUACCUUAUAAUGCUUAUAGGUAUAUGGGUUACGCCUUGACCGCCAUUCCAUUAAAUGAAUUAAGUAACAUUAGCAUGGAAAACGUUGAGAUUAUUGAAGCUUUUGGUUUAAUUAAAUCUAGCAAUAGUAAACAACACCAGGAUGGUUUCAGCGAGAAGCAACUGAAAUUAAUUGCCCGUAAAGUGCGUACUGAAUGGUUGGAUAAAAAUGCUUUAACGUACUCCGAAUAUGAUUUAAAAAUAAUGGGUCAAAUUUUGUGUUACCUAAAAGUAGAAGACAUUGAACAAAUUCAUGCUGAUGCUUUCAAACAAGCUGCUGAAUGGAUAGGCUCGAUUGAAAAAUGUCCCUUCGAAAGUUUGCAGGCCUUAAGUAACUUAGCUAAAACAUCUGAGGCUUUUGGUGAGCCUGAGACGUGGUCCACAUUAGAGGUGGCAAUCAUUGGUAACAUGUUAAAUGGCUUAAGUCAGGAUGAAAUUAACUCGAUCGAUUUAAAUAAGCUACAAUUAAAUUAUUUUUAUAAUAUUGCUAAAAAUUCGCACAUGCAAUUUAACACCACAAAAUCGAGUAAAGAAGAAUAAGAA